AUGGAUGUCGAGUUGAGCCUGGAAGCUCAAGGCCUACCUAAGCAGUUCGGAUCGACCUCAGAGCAACCUGAAGCAGAGCACAUAGCGUCGAAUGUGGAAGCGUCGAUAUCUAAUGCCGAAGUAGCUUCAACAGCUCCUGUUGAGGCCAACUCAACUCCGAAUGUGGAUAGCGCACCAGCCAUCGACAUUGCACCACCAACGACGAAUGGUUUCCAUGCUGAUGAUGCGGCUGUGAACCCCACAGAGUCUUCGAGCGUUCAAGUGCCGGCUGCGCCUGACUCGUUGCCGCCGACGACAACCCACGCUUCGUCAGGCUUGGCGGCUCCACUAGAUGCCACGACUUCGGCUACAAAUUCAUUUGCAGAUUCAAUCGUACCAUCUUCGAUCCCAGCAGAGACGCAGUCAGCGACGCAACUCACAGACCUCGACCAACCAUCAUUGGCAUCGAUCUCAGAUCCUGCGCCUCAAGCGCCGACAUCAGACCUUCGUUCGCCGCCUCAUGCCGAUGCGCUGAGUGCGAGCGAAGUUGCAGCUGUCGAAGCGCAGAAGCACGCUGAAGACAACGCCGUUACUGCAAUUCCUCCACCUGUAGAGUCUCUGCAAGCGCCAUUAUCUGCGGUCCCGGAGCAAUCCGAAACACCAGUCACCUUACCACCUGUCAGUGCGGUACCCGAAGCAGUAAAGUUAUCGUCAGAGACGGGUCUUGCGACUCCCCCAGCGCAGACUCCACCUCCUCCACCGGAGCCAGAGCACGCGACGUUGCCAGCCGAGACGACUGCACAAACCAACUCCGAAAUACAAGCUUCUCAAGAUGUUGCGCCAGACUCGACGCCAGCUCCUCUCGCCUCUUCUCUUCUCACACAGCCUGUCGAGGAUGCAGAGAUGACAGAAGCUCCUCCUGUCAAGACUGCGCGAGAGCGCGAAGAAGAUCCCGAAGACGUCGAGCCGUCGGCUAAGCGUAUGAAGACCGACGAGCCAGAGACGAGCUUCAAGGUCCCCGAUGUUCCCGCAGCUGCGAGUCCUGCGGCCAGCACACCUGCUCCUGACGGCGAUGAUUCGGUCACCCAACCUCGGCUUAACCACAUGAAGAAGGUCAUCUCCAACCUCAAGAAGAGCAACGCUUCAGCAUCCUUCAGACAGCCUGUCGAUCAUGUCGCGCUUAAGAUCCCGAACUAUCCAGAGGUUGUCAAGCACCCUAUGGACUUGUCGAAGAUCGACCAGAAGCUCAAGGCCGAUGGCUACACCAAGAUCUCGGACUUCGUGGCCGACUUUGAUCUCAUCGUCAACAACUGCGUUCUGUUCAAUGGCAAGGAUCAUGUCGUCACCCAGUCCGCCUUCAAGAUGCAGAGCUCGUUCAAGAACCAGAUGCAACACUUGCCCAAAGCGCAGUUUGCCGAACCGAGCAAAGAGGAGAAGAAAGCAGCGAGAGCCAAGAUAGAGCCUACUCGUACCGCACCACCGAGGCGUCCCAGCGUGUCGACAUCAAAUGCGCCGGCUCCUGUCGCCCCGUCUCCCAAAUCGGCCGCCGCUCCAGCACCCGCAUUCGCGCCUGGUCCCGAUGGCAUCCCGCUCAUUCGCCGUGAUAGCAACAUGGCUGAUGGUCGUCCGAAGCGGCAGAUCGUCCCCACAAAGCGCAACAAUGAGUUCGCAUCUGGACGGCCCAAGAAGAAGAAGUACGAAUUGCAACUCCGCUUCUGCGAGGAGGUGAUCAAAGAGUUGACUUCUCCGCGCAACUGGAUCAUGAAUCAGUACUUCACACAUCCAGUUGAUCCCGUCGCACUCAACAUCCCAACGUACUUCCAGAUCAUCAAGAAGCCAAUGGAUCUUGGCACCGUCCAGACGAAGUUACAGGGCAACGCUUACGAGAAGGCCAAAGAUUUCGAGGAGGAUGUUCGCCUAGUCUUCAAGAAUUGCUACAAGUUCAACCCCGACGGUGAUUAUGUCAACCAACAAGGCCACGCUCUCGAAGACUUGUUCAACAAGAAGUGGGCUACCAAGGACGACUGGAUCGCCGCUCGUGAGCCGCCUAGUGAGCCGCAGUCUGAUGCCGAUGAGGAGGAUGAGGGUAGCGAGAGUGAGGAGGAGGAUGCCGACGACUCUGGCGAUGAGCGCAACAACAAGAUCGCCCAACUCCAGAAGCAGAUUGCUGAGAUGAACAAACAGAUGGAAGGGCUGUCCAAAUCCAACAAGAAGAAGAAGGAAAAGUCUCCAAAUGCUCCAGUGCCAAAGAAGAGCAAAAUUAAGUCCAAGAAAGAGAAGCCGAAGACAACAUUCCCCGGCCUGCAGAAGCCAGAGAAGAAAAAGGCAUCGAAGCCUCCCAAAGAGAAGUUCGUCACGUUCGCCGAGAAGCAGUACAUCUCUAAUGGUAUUGGCCUCCUUCCCGAGAAGCAGAUGAAUGAGGCGCUGCGAAUUAUUCAAUCCAGUAUGCCCAACAUCGCGUCGAACGAUAGUGAGGUCGAACUCGAUAUUGAAGAGGUCCCGAACCACGUUCUGGUUAAGCUCCUGUCAUACGUGAAGAAGUAUGCGGGACCGCCGCCCGAGGAGACAUCUCGCGACGAUGACAACUAUGCAUCAGCUCCAACUGCUCCGCCCAAGUCCAAGAAGAACAAGCCGAUGACCAAGGCCGCUCAAGAAGCCGAAAUCGAGUCCCUUCGCGGCAAGCUGAGUGCUUACGACGCUUCGGGCGAUGCCGCUAGUCCCGGCGCGAUGCAGUCCAUCGAGAAUGAUGACGAUAGCGACGACGAUUCUUCUGAUGAGAGUGAGGAGGACUGA